UGUAACUGCAUUCAUCUCUCUCUCUAAACAUCCAGCAUGGACAAUGUGUUCUUUAUGGACGUUGAUACAAGGACAUUGUUCAUAAGAGCUCUGGUUCGAAAGCUGGGGUGGACCUAUAUCUGCCUGUGGGCUUGUCAAUUAUACCCAUCUAAGUGCUUGGUCUUCAUGGAUGGCUGGUUCAACGACGAGGGCGGCCAGCCCAGCUCCUCCUCGGGAAGCUUUCCUCGAACACUCUUUGAAUCGUAUUGCCAAUCUCUCCUCAGUCUUGAUAAUGGUGUUCCAGGACUGGCUCAUAGCCAUGGAAUGGAGGACGGACUGUGGCUUGGAGGCGAGGGUCUUAUCAAUUUGGCUUCUACCGAUAACCAAAGGCGUUUUUAUCAGGGAGCAGGAAUCGAGAAUGCCUUUUUCAUGAGCUGCCAGAGCGGAGUGAUCGAGCUCGGCACAUCGAACCCCAAUGUCGACUUGAACAUGAACCCAAAGAAUCUCAUCACCGACGACGUCAUCCGCCAAUUCCAACAGCGUGAGCCUCCUCCCUGGGCUGACCCGAGCCGAGCCUCAUCCUCUUCCUCAUCCCUGCCAUCACUAUCCGUAGGCAGCCCGGAGUACUCAAACCCAGCAGCAAUCACUCCUCCACACUUGACCAUACCUGCACCAGCAGCCCACUCCAUCACGCUGACAAGAAUGCUGCCAGGAGGCAUUCCUACAUCGUAUGAAGCGAUAAUCACAAGGGCAAUUUUGGAUGUUGUUUCGUCAUCACCAUCAUCUCUUUCUCGAGUGGGAGCAUCUCGACCUAGCCAGAGGCCUGGGGCCUUUCAAAGAUACAACAGUAGCGGCGGGGUCAAGGCGGAGAGGAGAGUUGGGGUGAGUCAAAGAUUGUUUAAGAGAUCGAUCGCGGUUUUGCGGAGAAUACGAGAGGUGAGGCAGAGAGUGGAGGAGGGUGCCGCUGCCGGUACGAGGCCAGCGAGCAGCACACAGCUGCACCAUGUGAUAUCGGAGAGGAGGAGGAGGGAGAAGCUCAAUGAGCUCUUUCAGGCAUUGAGAGCCAUGCUUCCUCUGGAUUCAAAGAAAGACAAAGCAUCGAUCUUAUCAAGAACGAGGGAGUACUUGGGGGAGCUAAAGGUUCAAGUCAAGGAGCUCAACGAGAGGAACAUAUCAUUAGAAACACGUUUAUCAUCAAGGGGAGUGAUCAUCGCAGAGACAGCUCUCGUAGCGAGCCAAGAAAUUGAAACUGUUGAAAUUACAGAAACUGCAGAUGAUCGUGAAAUCGAGCUCAGAGUGCGAGUUGUCCUGGAACAUCAUGGGCUAGAGGACUUGGUAGUGAGGAUUUUGCAACGCCUCAAGAGAAUGGAGGGUUUUCGCGUAUUAUCGGUAUCAGCUGAUAGCCAAGUUCAACCGCAAUUCGACACAGCCAUCUUCCGAUUCAAUGUUCAGGGUGGGAGGUGGGAUAAGUCUUGGUUCGAGGAAGAAAUAAGGAAGGAGCUCAUUGAACUCCAACAUACGUAGACAAUUGACUAAUUUUAUCAUACUUUCUCAAAGGAAAGAGAGAGAGAGUGAGGAGAGAAAAAAUGUAGCCCUUGGAUUAUCAAGAUGGAACAUGGUCUGGAACCCAAAAUUGAAGAUCCCUACGCCGCCGCUCUGGACCAUGAAGUAGAGAGCUUCUUCUCCAUGUUCUUACUCAUCACCAGCCUUCUCCUACAAUUUUUGUUUAAUUCCUUUUUUUAUUCUCCUCUGCCUCCU